AAAUUUUAAGACUAUUGAUAAAAGAUAUUCAUGCAAAUUAAUUAAAUAAAUAUUUUUUUCAUUUACGAGAAAGAUCUAAAAAUAGAAUUUAUUAAUAUAAAUAUUUAUAAACAUGUGCUAAAUUCUAAAAACUCAAGUUAGGGUAUUGCUUAGUUCAGUGCAUUAAAUAAUUAACAAGCUUCCUGCAACAAAAUAGGAUUUAAACAAAUUGUAAAUGCAGGAGUUAAUCAAGAAAUAUAAUCCAAAUAGCAAAGAUGAUUUGUUGAAACUUUAGAAAGAUCUUUAGUAUAAAAUAAACUUCUUUAAAUUAGCAUAUCCUAAUAUAAUUAACCAAGUAGAAUAACAAAAUUAAGAGUAGUCUUCUGAUAAAGAAAUUUCCAAUAAAGAAGCAGACAAAAUGCUUCAUAAUUCAGAAAUUGAAAAUUUAAUUGAAUAAACUGAUGAAGAAAAAAAUCAAAAAAUAGGAGCAGGUACAUAUAUCAUGAAAGAUGGUAAAUUAGUUAAAGGAGAAGCAAUAAAAAGGGAAUUUGUUGAUUGGUCGAACUGGUUUGCAGCAAAUGUCGAUCCCGAAGAUUUAAAAAGACACAAAGAGUUGAUGGACAGACAACACUUUGGCGGGCCUGUAUGGUAAGGUAAAGGUCGUCCUAAAAGUAUUAUUGAGGAAGAGAAUUUAUAUGCACCUGGUGAGAGAGAAAUGAACCCUUACCUAAAGAAUGACAAAGAACCAGUAUUUGAGAAAGUAAAGCGUUGAGUUAGCAUCAGAAAUAGUAGAAUAUAACUAAAUAUUAAAUUAUCUAUAUUGUACAUGUUUUUAUAUUUGCUUAUCAAUUAUUUGAAAGUGUUAAUUCUACCUA